UCCCCUGCGGACCGAGGUGCGAGCUGCAAGUGGCGGGAGAGUCCUCCUCCAGGGGCCAGGAAGUGGGUCCCGUCCUCAGGAUCCCCCUCGCGCUGCUCGGACAGACGCGGGCAGGAUCAUUCGUGUCCUUGCCUGGGCCACCGGCCCCACGUGGUAGAUGAGAACCAGUGCCUCCGGUUGGAGCCGAGAAAUGUGAAAGGUUGGAGGUGGGCCUCUGGUGCCCGGCAGGCGGCGUUGCGGGGGUCUGGACUAGGAGCCCCUUGUCAAGUUUCUAGACUGGGGGUGUGAGGCCUCCCUCCCUCACUCCCUCGGGCUUGUCCUCAAGCCCCUCUGCACUCACAGGUCUCCUGCCUGCCACCUUCCCAGCCCCAGGGAGUUCUCUUCCCCAGCCCAUGUCAGUGACAGUCUGUCCAGUCUAGGCGUUGGACUCUGGACCAGUGGGCCUGGCUCCCUCCAGCCUGAGUCCCCCUUCCUCUGGCUGUGAGGACGCCCAGCCCACUCCUCCCCCUGACUCUGCAGCCUCUUUGGGCCCUGCCUGAGCAGGCCUGCCUGGCAAGCUGGGACAUGUCUGGCCCCGGAGGACGCCUGGUGGGCGAUGGCUGCAGUGGAGGCGGGGCAGGUGCCCGCGACGUCGGCCCCAGAAGAUGCUGCGAGAGAUGCUCCAGAGGCUGUGGGUGCAGGGCCGGAGGCGCCCCUGCUCCCAGCCGGAAACCGGCUGAGCCUGCACCUGUACCCCGGGGGCUGCCGCCGGCUGCUGCGCCUGUGUGCCCAGCAGGCCCCUCAGCUGCUGGAGGUGGACUUCCUGCAGCUGAGUGGCCACGAGGACCCUCAGCUGCUGGAGGCCACCCUGGCCCGGCUGCCUUGGAGCCUGCCACACCUCCGCUCCCUGGUCCUCAAAGGUGGGCAACGUCGGGAUGCCCUGGGUGCCUGCCUCCGGGGGUCCCUCACCACACUGCCCACCAGCCUGAGUGGCCUAGCCCACUUGGCCCACCUGGAUCUGAGCUUCAACAGCCUGGAGACACUGCCGGCCUGCGUCCCCCAGAUGUGUGGCCUGGACGCCCUCCUGCUGUCUCGUAACUGCCUCUCAGAGCUGCCCGCGGCUCUGGGGGCCCUCCCAUCCCUCACCUUCCUCGCCGUCACCCACAACCGCCUGCGAACGCUGCCCCCAGCCCUGGGAGCCCUGUCCAGCCUGCAGCGCCUCGAUCUCUCUGGGAACUUGCUGGAGGCCCUGCCCGCUGAGAUCGGAGGCCUGGGCAGCCUGGCCGAGCUCAAUCUCGCCUCCAAUCGGCUGCAGAGCCUCCCUGGCUCCUUCGCUGGGCUGCGGGCCCUGCGGCUCUGCAUUCUGCACAGCAACCUCCUGGCUUCGGUGCCCGCCAGCCUGGCGCGCCUCCCGCUGCUCACCCGACUCGACCUGAGGGACAACCAGCUCCGGGACGUGCCCCCUGAGCUGUUGGACGCCCCCUUUGUGCGCCUGCAAGGAAACCCCUUGGGCAGGCCGCCUCCUGACCCCCCCAGCCCCCCAGGGACACCCAUGCUCCCAGAAAUGCCCAGGCUGUUGCUGACCUCAGAUCUGGACAGCUUUGCCGUGACCCCCCAAGGCUGCUCCGUGACCUUGGCCUGCGGCGUCCGCCUGCAGUUCCCCGCGGGGGCCACUGCUGCCCCCGUGACCGUCCACUACCGCCAGUGGCUGCCGGAGCCGCGGCUCGUGCCCCUGGGUCCCCACGACACUCUGCUCAGCGGUGUCCUGGAGCUGCAGCCCCACGGGGUGGCCUUCCAGCAGGAGGUGGGCCUGUGGCUGCUCUUCGUGCCCCCGCGGGCCCGGCGGUGCCGCGAGGUGGUGGUCAGGACACUGAGUGACAGCAGCUGGAGCGACCUGGAGACCCACCUGGAGGAGGAGCGGCUCUGGGCUCACUGCCAGGUGCCCCACUUCUCCUGGUUCCUCGUGGUUGCGCGCCCCGUGUCCGAUGCCUGCCUGGUGCCACCAGAGGGGGCGCUGCUGUGCUCCUCAGGACACGCUGGGGUCAGGGUCACCUUCCCUGCUGGGGCCACAGAGGAACCCCGGCACGUCCGCAUGCAGGUCGUGCACGUGGGCCGCAGAGAGCUGCCGGCCCUGCUGGGGGAGCCCGAGGCGGCCGCCAGCCCCCUGCUCUGCCUCUCGCAGAGCGGCCCCUCGAGCUUCCUUCGGCCAGUCACCGUGCAGCUGCCUCUGCCGCCUGGCGUCACAGGCCUGAGUCUGGACCGGUCCCGCCUGUACCUGCUGCACCGGGCCGCCUCCACGGCCACCUGGGACGACAUCACCGCGCAGGUGGCCCUGGAGCUGACGCACCUGUACGCGCGCUUCCAGGUCACGCGCUUCUCCUGGUACUGGCUGUGGUACACCACCAAGACCUGCGUGGGGGGCCUGGCGCGGAAGGCCUGGGAGCGGCUGCGGCUGCACCGCGUGAACCUCAUCGCGCUGCAGAGACGCCGGGACCCCGAGCAGGUCCUGCUGCAGUGCCUGCCCCGCAACAAGGUGGACGCCACCCUGCGGCGGCUGCUGGAGCGAUACCGUGGCCCUGAGCCCUCGGACACCGUGGAGAUGUUUGAGGGGGAGAAGUUCUUCGCCGCCUUCGAGAGGGGAAUUGACAUCGACGCAGACCGCCCAGACUGUGUGGAGGGCAGGGUGUGCUUUGUCUUCUACUCCCACCUGAAGAACCUGAAGGAGGUGUACGUGACCACCGCCCUGGACCGACGGGCUCGGGCCGUGAGGGGCCAGGUGUCCUUCUACCGGGGCGAGGUGCCGGAGGUGGUCCCUGAGGAGGCAGAGGCUGCCCGGCAGAAGAGGGGCACAGCGGCCCUGUGGAUGGCCACUCUGCCCAUCAAGCUGCCCAGAUUGCGGGGAUGCGAGGGCCCGGCCCGGGGGGCUGGCCUCUCCCUGGCGCCUCUGAACCUGGGCGACGCCGAGACUGGCUUCUUGACCCAGAGCAACCUGCUGAACGUGGCCAGGCGCUUGGGCCCCGACUGGCCAGCCGUGGCCCUGCACCUGGGCCUGCCCUACCGUGAGCUCCAGCGCAUCCGGCACGAGUUCCGGGAUGACCUGGAUGGGCAGAUCCGCCACAUGCUCUUCUCCUGGGCGGAGCGCCAGGCUGGGCAGCCGGGGGCCGUGGGGCGCCUCGUGCAGGCCCUGGAGCAGAGUGACCGGCGGGAUGUGGCCGAAGAGGUGCGGGCUGUCCUGGAGCUUGGCCGCCACAAGUACCAGGAGGGCCUCCGGCACACGAGCCUGGCCCCCAGGAACCUUGCCUCUCCUGACCAGUCGCCAUCACCCUCCCCAGAGCCUGCCCAGACCUAGACCCCAGACUUUGGGCUGGACCCUGAGGCUCCCGCUUUCAAAUCUUCCCUGCGUGUGAACAAAGUGACCCCCCCACCCGUGUAACACACAUACAGUGGCCUGGUCGCUGUCUCAGCACUGACUUUCUUGGGUGGAGAGGCCAGGGGUGGCCAGGUGAUCUGAGGUCUGGCCCUGCUCUGCUGCAAGCAGGCCUCUGUACAGAGUUCCUUCUGCACAGCUCUCAUUCCUGCUGGUCUGCGCCCAGCGCCUGCAUUGGGUCCUGAUCGGGGAGGGAGAGGAGUCCCAGCUACAAAGUUAACAGCUUCUGCCCCAUGAAUACAGUCGGUCCUGUGCCGGAUUGCA